ACGAUAUUCCUUGUGGGGUAGGUCGAACAAAAUAGCGGUCGGUAAUUUCAGUCGAAGGCAUAUUAAACAAAUAAGAGAAAAAUAUUUUCCAUUGAAUGAUCAAAACUGUGACCUUUCUUUUUAACUUUACCAUUUGAUAUUUUUAAGAAGAAAAGAAAAAACUCAUCAAAUGUUUUUCAACCUUUUUUAAUUCCGACGAAAACGAAGCUUAUUUCACGAUUUUUUUCUCGAUUGGAUUACUUUUUUAAAUUUUUGGAGUGAAAUUGUGAGAAUCGUUCCCAACCCCCGUUUUUUUUUCUUUAAUUGUGACGCAUUUGGUAACAAGAUAACGGAGAUUUUAGAACGAAAACAAAGAAAACUUUUUUGAAACAAUGGCAGAAAAAAUGUAUUAUUGGGACGGGGAGAAGAAUCAAAGUGAUUCUGAUCAGACUUUCAUAGAAUUUAAAGCAAAAUCUGGGCCAACGGCAGGAAAGAUGAAAAAAGAGGAAUCGCAUGCUGUUUCGAAAACUUCAUCGGCCGCUACACAAGGAAGAUCAACGGAUUUUGUGAGUCGCGAAGAAGAUGCAGAGCGCGGAGGUUGGGACAAUAAAUUAGACUUUCUCUUCUCAUGCAUCAGCGUUUCCGUCGGCCUAGGAAACGUCUGGAGGUUUCCUUACCUUUGCUACAAGAACGGCGGUGGUGCAUUUCUUAUCACUUACGGUAUCGCUAUGCUAUUCUGUGGGAUUCCAAUAUUUUUUCAAGAAGUCGCCAUUGGACAGUAUCUUGGAGCUGGUGGAAUGACUCUUGUUAGUCAACUGUGUCCCUUGUUACAAGGUGUAGGAUAUGCCACGAUGACUAUUGUUUUUUUUCUUGACAUAUAUUACUGCAUAAUUAUUGCCUGGACUCUCUUUUAUCUUAUAAGCACCUUCAUUAAUUUACCUGGUGUCCCUUGGAGUAGUUGUGGACAUUGGUGGAAUACAAAGAAUUGUUUUGAUGCGUCGGUAGAAAGUAAGAUCAGUCAAGAUGACAAAAAUGAUACCAUGAACAUGACUUAUCAUCACACCACACCUGUAGAAGAAUUUUACGAACGACGAGUACUUGGAGUUACAUCCGGUAUCGAAAACAUCGGUGGAAUCCAAUGGGAACUCCUGGGUUGUUUGAUAAUCGGCUGGCUACUCGUUUACUUUAUCAUCCGACGUGGCCUCCAUCAAAGCGGUAAGAUCAUCUGGUUUUCAGCCUUGUUCCCGUACGUGGUGCUUUUCAUUCUUUUGGGAAGAGCGGUGACCUUGGAGGGAUCCUACGAUGGUUUACUGUAUUACGUGACGCCAAGAUGGAAAGAAUUGUUAAGUCCCGGACCGUGGAUCGACGGGACUACACAAAUUUUCUUCGCUUACAGUAUUGGAACUGGCGCCUUACCUGCCUUGGGAUCUUACAAUAGAUUUCAUCACAAUUGUUAUAGAGAUGCACUAAUUACUUGCGUAGUCAACACCCUAACUUGUCUUCUGGCCGGGUGUCUGACAUUUUCGAUAUUGGGUCACAUCGCUUUGGAACAAGGUACUGAGGUGUCUGAGGUCGUCAAGAGCGGACCUGGCCUUGUGUUUCUCACGUAUCCUGAGGUCGUUCUAAAGCUUCCUGGCGCUCCGAUUUGGGCUAUUAUAUUCUUCGUCAUGCUUCUCAUUCUUGGAAUCGAUAGUGAAUUUUGCAUCGUCGAUUCGUUCAUCACCGGUAUCAUCGAUAAUUGGCCGGAUCUUCGCCCUCACCGAAGCAAAUUCACCAUCGUCAUUUGUAUCCUGAUGUUUUGCUUAGGACUUCCUAUGGUGACAAAUGGUGGCGUUUAUAUAUUUCAAUUAAUGGAUUUCUAUUCGGCAAGUGGAAUGUCCAUUUUAUGGGUAUGCUUUUUCCAAACGAUAGCUAUAUCGUGGUUUUUCGGAGCACAAAAGUUUUGUGACUGUGUUCACCAGAUGAUGGGAAUACGAUUGAAUAAAUUUUGGUACAUCUCUUGGAUCUUCUUUGCGCCCGUGAUUAUGGCAUUUAUCUUCAUAUUUCAAUGCGUCCUAUAUAAACCAUUGAAAUAUGGGAACGAUUAUGAGUAUCCAAUAUGGGCGGAAAUCGUUGGUUUUUGCUUAAGUAUUUCAUCGAUGAUUUGGAUACCCCUUUAUGCGAUUUAUUACGUCUUUGUAACACCGGGAUCGAUUAAAGAGAACAUUUCGAAGGGACUGAAACCCAACAUAAUGUCUCAUCCGAAAUUACCUAAAGGAGAAAAAUCUACGGUAAUACCGAUGUCAGAAAGCAGUGCUGGUUUGAUAACGAAGAACAGUAGUUUUUUAAGUCAAACAUGAUCGAGACUGUAACAACUAUCGUUCUUAUAACGUUCUUAGAUCGAGAUUGGCGUUUAAGAGUGCAAUUUAUCUUGAAAUUUGGUGAAAUGGCAAUGUAGCUGAGAUCUUUCUUUUAUAUGAUACAUCUAUUUAUCAAUUUUUUUCGGACGCUAUUCCGGUUAAUUUUUCUCCGAUUGUUUCAAUAUAUAUCACUUGUUGAUAUCUUAUUAAUAUAGAAACGAACGAAGGGCUGUGCGAUUUAUAGGACAGAUAUUUCUUCUUUGAUUAAUUUAGUAUUCAAUAGCGUAGAUAAGUGUUGACAGGAAAAUAUGAAACGAGCAGUAUUUCUGACCACGACAAAGAUCGAUGAAAUAUGAAUUUCCAUUUAGUAUUUCUACUUAGUAUUUACGUAAUAAACGACGAUGAUACGCUGAUAUAAUACGAACCUAACUCUUUUUAAUGCUUCCUAUAUUUUACGUCAAAAUCUUUUAUCUUUUAUUUUCGCAUAACGUUGUUAUGACAAUGAAAGAUGAUAUUUCUAGUAUUAAUAUAAAUUAUUAUAUGAUAUUAUAAAGAAGUAAACGGUAUAAGUGUUUUAUUACAGUUUUCUUAUCUAUAUAAUGUAUAUCGCAAGUAAUAAUAUUUGACACGAACAUCUGGUACGUCUCGAUGUUGUGCAUUUCAGUAUAAAAUUUUUAUAUCAAUUUAUAUAAAAAAGGAACAAGAUUGAUUUCGAUGCUUAUUUAUGCUUGAUCAAGAUGUGCGAUGUCGUCAUAGGUCAUAAGGCGCUAAAUUAUUAUACGUAUAGUUUCUAUAGGUAAAACUACAUAUACGAAAUACCAGUGACAAAGAACGUGCUGUGUGUGUGUGUGUGUGUGUGUGUGUGUGUGGGUGUGUAUGUAUAUAUAUGUAUACUUUUUUCAUCAUCAUCCGUAAACACAAUCGUCGGUAAUUACAAUUAAUUUUAUUAUUCUUCUUAUUUUAUCAUAUUUGUAGACUAAAUGAAUUAUAAUCGAAGAUUGUAAUUGUAGAGAGAUACUCGAGAACUUCUCUAAAUUCUUAUAUAUAUAUAUAUAUAUAUAUAUAUAUAUAUAUAUAAAUAGGAGAGAUACUAUGGUAAAAAUCUAUACUACAGCUAUGUACCUGCAAAACAAUUUUUUUUAACAAUGGCCAUUUCUUAGAAUUAUCGAGUAACUAUAAGCUAAAGGAAAAUAAUGAAAUUCGAUAAAAGAA